UGUGAUCUUUUGUGUGGAGAAAGGUCUUGCCUUGCUAUGUUGCAGUUGCAGUUUACUCAGUGAAGUAAGACGAGGGGAAGUCAAACACCUAUCAGAGCUAAUCCACUCUUGGCAAAGAGAGCCGGACAGAGGAGCUCGGAUCAACACAACUGAAGGGAGAUCAGACACAUACACCGUAAGAGCGUUGGGGGAAGUGCAGUCAGAUAGGGGGUGUGUCAGGCAGAGUGUGUUUCAGAGAGAGAAGCUGAGGCAGGGAUGGGGUGUGUGUGAGUGUGUGUGGGGAGCAGAGCAGGAGUGAAUGCACUAAAACUCGCACACAUGCGCAGGAACCGACAGAAACGGAGACAGCUUUUCAGCAGCAGCUAAGGGAUUACUCCUAUUUUCGUCUCCAUCCUUCCUAGGGUGAGCCCCUUUCCUUUAGCUUUAACAAAUCGUAUGUGCAUGUGUCUUUAACUGCUACUGGGUUUGAGAAUGUACAUCACUGAAUGCAGCUGCUGAGAAAUAAGUCCAGUGCUGGUCAUGUGGACCAUAUAAACAUGCAUCAUCCAGAGAAUGAGGCUGCAUUCAGAAAAGAGAAGACGACCAGAAAAUGGGCCAAGAGGACUUGAAGGAGACGGGGAAAAACUGAGUGCCAGAGGAAUACUGGAGACCCGAGAUGGAGUACAACAGGACACAGUCAGCCCACAUGCUGCUUACCUGACUGGAGAUGGAGGAGACCAAGCAUGGACACAGACAAGCCCUGUUAAAGAGCACAAAGAGGUCCAUCCUGCUGGCAGCUUACUGUGGAGCAGGCAGACAUCAAGAGCCAAUACGGACACCACUACUCCAUCAAUAACUACUCCACCAAAAACACAAAACUCUUGGCCAGCUACUCAUGGUGAGACUGGCCAUUCAUCACUAACCACCUUAUUAGCAACACUGGGGUCAUCCCCCAAUCCAGUCUCCCAGGCCCAGAGCAAGGUAUUCAAAGCACCAGCAUAUACAACGUCUCCUGACCAAAGGAGACAUGAAAUGAGGCUUAGCGAUAUCUGGGUAAUGGGGGAGCCCAAAGCUACUGCUCAAAGAUCAGAUGACACAGGUUUGAAACAAAAGCAAACAGACCUAUUGACUACUCUACAGGAUGAUAGAAGAAUGGUAGAGGAGUUCACCAGGAGGCCACCUCACCUUGGUACCAAUUCCCCUAGAGGCUUGCUUUUACUUGAUGACUGGAAUGAUGACUUCACUGAAUCCUCCUCCCAGCCUGACUGCAAUAUUGACAACACAGGCAUCUGCAACUCCUCCAACCCUCUCUGGAGCCUUGGUCUCCCUGACAACCUCUCCAGUGCCCUGACUCCUGCUUCCCCAAUGCCCUCUCCUGAGAAUAUGACCCCACCUCCUUCUAUAAUAAUGACCCCACCUCUUUUGGUGCCAUUAUUUUCAGACUGGAAUGCUGCAGUGGCAACGUGGGGCCUGGCGUGGGAGCUGCAGGUAUACGGGCUGGGUUGUGUGUUCUCUCUGGUGGCUGUAUUGUCUGCACUAAGCUUAUUGUGCCUCCCUCUGUGCCAGCCGUCUGAUUGUGCCAACUUCACUCUUCUGCAUCUCCUGCAGCUGCUUAUUGGCUCAAGUCGGGCUUUCUGGCUUAUCUAUGACCCCUAUGGUCAGAGAGAGCGACUCCCUGUGGCCUGGGCACGGUUCCUACAUGAGGCCGGCUACCCAUGUUUAACCGGAGCUUUAGGCAUGCUGCUUGUGCUGCUUUCUCCUCAGCUACUCUCUCAGAAUGCACUGCGGCGGUGUAUUUGCUUGCUGGCCGCACUCAUGCUGCUUCACAUGGCCACAGUUAUGGGCGCAGUUGGAAUAUUAUGGAUUUUCCCUUCCUUCCCUGUCAUUUCUCUGCUGCCCCCUGCAGCCUUCCUGCUUCUCUCGUGUCUCCUCUCCACUUCAUACCUGCUGCUCUACUGCUGUGCCCGUGUCGAGGCCAAGCAUAUCUACAGGCUGAGGGAGAAUUCCCCUGAUCGCCGGGCAUGCCAAGCCAGCCAAUACCCCCUCAGUGAGGCACGCAUGUGGGAGCGGGCAGCCGGAAUGGGACUGUUCGCAGCACUUUUCCUACUGGCAUGUGCAGGACUCAGGCUCUAUGCGAUUCUGCAUGCACUGGGACUGACUGGCGGCAGAAUGGGGCUUAUGCCCUGGCCCUGGUGGGUCUUUCAACUGAGCUGCAGAGUAUGUGAGGCAUGCGUUUGUCUCACUCUAGCUCUCAUUCUCACACACCCUCUCCUCUGCUGUGGAGUAGCUCGCCCAAAACUAAGUCGCUGGAACUCAUGGUUCGGCAGGUCAUCCGCCAGGAACACAGUGAUAUCCAAACCCCAAAUCCUGUCAAGUGGCUGGACCAAGAAGACUGGAGAGACACUGCAUGAAAGCAUGUCACGGCAUGAGAGUGAGAGUGUGCCACUUUAUACACUAGCAGAGCUGCCCCUAGGAGAACCAGAAGGCCUGGACCUUAACUAUCCCAGCAGCCCUCAGCUUGCCCCUGCACAACUUUCUAAAAAUGGGCUUUUGGUCUCCCAGUCUUCCUUCAUCAGCCUGUACUGUGAUUCUACAGUAGAUCUGAGGCCUCCGUCUCCGAUUGACCUGCGGCGAAGCAUUGAUGAGGCUCUAAACAGUGAGGCUCUGUUCCAUCGCAGCCUGUUCAGCUCCUCCAGGCUGUCCCUUAGCACGCGGGGGCCUCCAGAUGGUCAGCCAUGCAGAGGAAUACCUGCAGAACCAUCCCUUUACCGCACAGCAUCAUGUGGGGAUGUGGAUUUGCCUUCUGCACCGUCACCACCUGUACUAAGGAGCAGCACAGCAUGGAAGACCUCCAACUUCAGCUCCUUACGUGGAGGAACUAGAAGUCAUGGAGGUCAGGCAUCUUUUUAUACUGGCUUUGGCUCUGGGCGCCACACUCAAAAGCAAUACAGGGCUCUGGGCUCCAUUUCUUCCAGAGAGCGUUUGUAUGAUCAGCAACAUAUUCGCACACAAGCUGAUGAACUGGCUGUGCAAGCGGAAUUCAUUAAUGUCUGCAGACAGAUAGAUGCACUGAGUGUCUGCAGUGACACCAUCGAACUGUAGGUUAAUGGGACACAUCAGGACUGAGUGGAGUGGCUCUGAGGGUAGAGAAUGUCUAUAGUCCUAUAGUCUAUAGUUAUUUUUGAUAGAUGUAUGGAUUUUGCUCCAGAAAUGUACAUUCCUAUUGAGUUGCACAUGGAAAUAUGUUAAAAGGCACCGUCACAGUUUGGGCAAUUCGUUUGUUUUUGGUAAUACAACUG